AUGCCUUCUUGGACCAUCACCAACGACGACAAGAUGAGCAGUUGGCGGGACCAGCUCUCGCCUCGGAACUUGAGUUUCCGGGGCUUCAGAAGAGCUUCAGAGUCAGUAGCAAAGACAAGCUCAACGGCGAAAACAGACUUUACCAUGAUGCAUUAUCCUGACCGGCCUACGAGGAGGAUCACUGAGGCCGAUAUUCCCAAUGACGAAGAGUGUAAAAAGUCAUUGGUGAGAAUGAGAAAGGCUUCUUUUGCAGAGCAAAUUCAGCAUCGAAGAAAUGACUACCACCAUCAACAUCAAAACCAGUUAUCUGCAGUACCAGAACCAGCACCUACACCUGAAGAACCAUUUACAUUAAAAUUGCCUACAUCAAAAGUGUCCCGGAUCGAGGCGCCUCGGGUAGAACUACCACCACCACCGUCACCACGAGCUCAGCCAGAACAGCCUCAAGUAGAGAAAUCGCGAGCACAGCAACCGUCGAGAUUAACAUUUGGCCCUUUCAAUGGUCCAUUCCGACCAGCUUACGGGUCACUUUCACCAGCUCAAGAAGAGCCAGAAAACGCCGACAAUGAUGAGCCUGCAGCAACAGCGCAGGGUGGACUACAAGUACCAGAGCCAGCGAUUGAUAUUCGAAAAAGUAUCUUGGCUGUCGACGACCUCAACUUGGCAACGGGGCCAGCUGCUUCGCCGGUUGUGAUCAGCGAGGCCAAAACUAUCAGACUCGAACGAGUCGAACGAAUCGAUAGCACCCCCGCCGCUUCACCAUUCUCAUCACCACGGCCCAGCGAUGCUUCAUCAAUAGGAUGGCCCAAGCGAAAACCAUCAGUACAAAUGGUUGCUAUCCGUCCAUCAUCACAGGACUCUCAGAGGCGAAAGCCUUCUGUUCACACAGUUGUUGUGCGACGCCCUUCAACAAAACCUCAUAUAGAUGCCCUCAGCUCUCAUCCAACUCACUCAUCUACUACCGCGCAAGUCCACGUUCGACAGGAUAGUGUGUCAGACCUAAUGUGUCGCAUAUGCCAUAACGGAAUUGCCGAGAGAUCUGGUACCUGUUCAAUCUGCGACAAUGACUCAAUGACAGCCACUCCCGUCGAGAUUAGCCCCAACUUUUCAAGACUUCACAAUAAGCCAACUAUCAAAAAGUACAACCGCCCUCCACCACUGGUCUCUCAAUCUCUCAACGGCAUCGCAAAACUUCACCGUCCUUCGGCAUCUCUCACAUCAGACCCCGAAGCCAAUCAGAUCUCACCACCGGCUUCACUGCCAGGGUCACGCAGUAGCAGCACAGCGGAGACUGUCAAGAGUCUUGCAACCGGACCGUCUGUACCUCCAACGCCCAUGUCAGCGCUCUCGACGCCUGAAGUAUUCAAGCGGUUCAAGGAAGAGGUUGAAAGCCGAGCCCAGGCAGUCGAUGGUCCUGCAUUCGACGAUCCUUGGAUGGCCAAGUCUAGGACUCCAGAAGAUGAUGUUUAUGAGGAUGACUGGGCAGACUACUACUUUGACGAACAAAACUUCAAUGCCAGGCCUAGUAAGCAAACUGAAAGCCAGGCGCCUGAUUUGCACUUCGUUACAAGCCCAGUUUGCCCAGGCCCAGGCUGGAUAUGA